CAACCUUCUUCCUUCAUUUUCAUCAUCUUGAAAGAACAAAUACUCCAAAGUUUGUUUUGCAGCUGAACACAACAAAGAUUUAGUUCGUCAGAGAUGGGUAUUCUUGGAGCUAUGGCUAAACAUUUGUAUACAAUAAUUGGGCCUGGCGUGAUGCUUUUUUUUCCCUUAUAUGCAUCAAUUAGAGCAAUUGAGAGUCCUUCAAGUCUUGAUGACCGACAAUGGUUGAGUUAUUGGGUUAUAUACUCCCUCAUAACCCUCUUCGAACUAACAUUUUGGAGAAUCCUGGUUUGGAUUCCACUUUGGGGAUACAUUAAGCUCGUGGCUUGUUUAUGGUUGGUUCUACCAAUUUUCAAUGGGUCAGCCUAUAUCUACGAGAAUAUAGUGAGGAAAUAUGUUAAGAUUGGGGGAUAUGUGAAUCCAAACUAUCCAGAGAAUCAAAAGAAAGUUCUCCAGAUGAUGACUCUGGAUUCUAGGAAAUCAGCGGAGCGUUAUAUCGAUAGAUAUGGACCCGAUGCAUUUGAACGAGUUGUCAAAGCUGCUGAAAAAGAAGCAAAGAAACACUGAGAAGAAAUCCUUCUACGAUGAAGUUGAAGAAAAAUGGAUGAUUUAAUAUUUACAAGGCUUGAGUAAUGGUUGGGCUCUACUAAUACGAUUUCAUGUUGUGUGCUUGUAUAUUGUGUAUUCUGCACAAGAGGGAAAACAAUCAAGGGUGCUUGGUUUUUCUGUGGAUAAGAACUGUAAAAAAACGAGUUCCUACCGAACAAUAAUGUUCUCCUAAAUUCCAGGAAAUCAAUUGAGACAAGUAAAUCCUA